CUUGGUGAAAAAAAAAUAUCAAAACAUGCCGAGUAAAACGACAGCCACGUGCUGGAGAUGAAAAAUGACAAUGGAGAAAAUUCAGAAAUCUGCACAAUCUAAGAAAGAAUUCCGCUUGCAAAAUCGGAAAAGGAAACUCGAGGCCUUUUUCAACAUUGCCUUGGCGAAUGACAAGCAAAGACAGGCAAACAAGCCUCCUGCAGGGCCUCCCAAAAAAAAGCGAAAGAAGCUGCAAAACAACAGAGGAAAUCGAGAUUUGAUUAAAAAGGAAAUCAUUGAAGUGAUGAACGCAGCCAAAAUUAAAAAUGGAGCGAUUGCGGAAAGGAAGGAGCAACUGACCGGCGAGGAAUACAAAAAGUUGAAGCAAUCUUUGAGCGAGAGGAAAAAGUUUCUCAAGGACCAACCAAGGUUUUGGCUGAGGGAAAAUGGAAAAGCAGCCUCCCUGGAGGUUCCACCAGCCAACCGAAUUCCACUUUUGCUGGGUGACGUCCAGCAGCUGGUUCUCUUCGGACUGGUGGGCAAUCAUGUUUUCCAAGACCAUAACCGCUGGUGCCACUUAGACCGACACGGCAAAGUCAGUCAAGUUGUUGUUGUGAUUCUGGAGGGCGUGGGCUACGGAAGCCUCCUGAAUUUGCCAGUCGGGAAAAGUGCCCACAAGAGUUUCGAAGAGACUUUUCCAGAUGCAGUAGAACUUGUCGAAUCAGAAACUUACAACAGAAAUAUUGUUGAUGAUUUCUCACUUGUUCCCCUGUCUACCAGAUCGUGCCGCGCCAUAUUCUUGAAUUAUGGAAGUAGAGAGGCUGAGAUGAAGUCGAAAAUGUUUCGAACUGCCUUCCCAGUAGGAGUGGUGAAAACUACAGUCACCCUGGACAUUGCCCAAGAAGUGAAAGAGCCACGGACAGCCCUAGCUUUGCCACCACCUUUACCACCACCACCACCUCCCAAGGUAUCAGUCCUGCCCCCAACGGACAAGUUUUCUCGAGUGCAACUUCUCCUGUCUCCCUCUCAAAUGCUGGAGGAAAAUUUCCCAAUGCCUUUGGGAGAAAUGGCGUAUCGAUACGGACACUAUGUGAUGACAAAGGAUAAAUAUGCUGAGAUUACUCCAUCCUCUCCGAUGUUUGGCUUGGAUUGUGAAAUGUGCAUGACAACUUCACGGCUCAACGAGCUCACCCGCGUGUCCAUCGUAAAUGAAAAACAUGAGCUUGUUUAUGAAACUCUCGUAAUGCCGUACAACAAGAUCAUCAAUUAUCUCACUCGCUUUUCUGGCAUCACUAAACAAAUGAUGGUUGGAGUGAAGACGAGGUUGGCCGACGUUCAAAGAGACAUUAGAGCGUUGCUGCCACCUGAUGCCAUCCUAGUUGGUCAAUCUUUGAACAGCGAUUUGCACGCAAUGCAGAUGUUCCAUCCCUAUUGCAUUGAUUCAAGUGUGGUCUUCAACUUGCAUGGAGUACGCAAGAGGAAAACAAAACUAAAAACUUUGUACGAAACGUUUUUGGGAGGAAAAAUUCAGGAUGGAUUUGGACACGACUCGGUCGAAGACGCAGCUUCUGCGCUCAAGCUGAUCCAGUUCAAGCUGACUAAAUCUCUCGAGUUUGGCGACUCUGUGCUGGGUUUUGAUCUGAAGCAUUUUGAGGAGGAGAAGCUGGGCGUAGAAAAGGCAAAGAAAGAAAUGCUGAGGAUUGAAGAAGAGGAGAAAGAAGAUGAAAAACUUGAGGCUGAAGAGCAAGAGGUGCAUUACAAAACGGUGGACAUCGAUGUGCCUCAACCUGAAGUCCUCAGAGUGAUGGAAGCCUCAAGUUUAUUUACAAUUGCGGGCAAAAAGAAAAAAGUUGGUGUCUUUUCAACGCCCAAGGUCAUGGAGAUGUACCAAAAGUACACUGAGCAUCCUCUUGAAUCAGUCCAAGAUGUAAUCAAGCCUGGCUCUCAUGGCUACACUUCAGAAAGCAAUUAUAAAGUGGUAAAGAACACCUGCCGCAACGUAGAAAAGUUCGACCUGGUAGUCACCCACUUGCAAGUAAGUACAGAUUCCGAAAAGGAAAGAGCUCGUGUUGUCAAUUCGUGCCUAAAAGUGGCCAAUGGAAUGAAGGAUAACGCAAUGAUGGUUGUUAUUGCUGGAGGUGCAAAAACCCAAGAAGGGUUGGAGCCUCUGCCUGAUUCCAGGCCUGGGUGCUUCAUUAAAAUUAAAUUGGCAACCUUCCAGAAAAUUUGAAUUCAUCAUUGUAAAAUUUUGACAGCUGUAUAAUAAUUAUAUCAGUUGAGAGGUUUCACGGAAUAUGUGUAUUAAAUUUUUUCUGUUCAUUUAUUAAAAAACUGGAAAUUAAAAAUUUAAAGUGUAGUUUGAAUUAAGUUGAGUGAAAAAUGGGAUUGGUUGAGUCAAUAGAGAGACGGUUUGAGAGAAAACUUGUUACUUUUAUUCAAAGAUAUUUCAAAAAUCGAUACAAUACUUAUACUGAUUAAAGCGUGCACGAUUUGGUUAAUCAAGCAUUUUUACUACAAGUUAUAACAUUUCUGUGGUGUUAAAUUACGCUUUGCUUUUCUGUAUCGUUAUUACGUCUGGACUAAUUUAAUUUGUUCGUCGAUAUUAAGAGCAAGAAAGUGUGUUAUUCUCCAACUUUCUCAUGCUCUUCUGCGGCAAAAUUAUUUACUACUUUGUUGUUUAUACACUAAUCACAGUUAUAGCACUCUAAGACACUGUGGAUUCUCUAAAUGUUUGGAGCAGCAUUAUUUUCCUAACACCAACUGAUAGAAAAAGAAAUCCUGUUCAAAAAAUGAUUUACAAAUAAUUUUCUAGUCAAGGGUGCAUUUUACAAUAUUUUGUCCUUUAAUUUAAAUAUGAAAGCACUAUGUACUGUUUUUUUUUAUAUCACAUUAACACUUUUUUGCCCACAAACUCCCACAGCAAAUUAUUCGGAAAGAUUCACCGAAUCAAUGAAAACUAUAGGUGUAAAUGCUUUUGGUGCUUUUACAAUUAAAAUGUGCUUGCGUUUGGCACAAAAUGCAUUAAUUUACGGUUUAAACUUACACGUUAAUUGUUAAUUGAAUAAAAGACUAGGUUCACAACU